UCGUUCCCUGACAAGCGCAAAAUGCGUUCAUUGUCCGGGCAGCGGCACGGCGAGGUUUAUCGGCACACAAACCCGAUGGGGAAUGUUAAGCGGGUUAGGUGGCAGCAGCGCUGUGGAAGGUGGUCACCCUCCCGGGAUUAGGGGUCAGAACAAUCGUCGUCCCUGUGACCAGGCGGAGACACAAAGAGCCAUUGUGCCGAGAGUACAAAAUCUCUGUUUAUUACUGCGGGGCUGACAUGCUGAAAGACCCGCUCUCCAUGCCAGCACAAAAGCUUCCUUGCUUCAGAUUGUUUGUUUAUGUAAAUUAAAAUGGUGCAUUUAAUUAUGCAACGGGACGAGCCUCAGCAACAAGCGAGGUGCUGAUUGGAUCACCCCGUGGCCAGAGCCCGCCGGCAAGCCCUCGGCACAUCUGAUGGUGCGACCGCGGACCCUGCUCUGCCGCAGCGCCCGCGGGAGAGGAGACGCGCCUUGACCGUUCGCGCGGGGGAACAAAAUCCCCGGGGGAGAAGGGGUGAGGAGUAGCGCUCCCCACCCCGGGGUGCAGGAGCGGGGGCCCCGGAGGUGCACGGCCCCGGUCGGCGGGCACGGCACGGCACGGCACGGCCCUAAGCAUGACAGAAGAAGUCCCGGCGGCAUCCGGCAUGCCCGAGUGCAACGGGAGCGUACCCCCGGAAAAGGGCCCACUCCAGGUCAUCGGUGUCAUCGAUGAAAUAGCAAAAUCUGUCGGGACGCUUCCUUACGUGAAUGCAGAAACGAGCCCUGACGCUCCACCGGCAAAAGAAAAUCGGGAGGAAAAUAGAAAUUCGUUGGCAGAGGACAUAGUUCCUGGGGAUUUUGAUGGAGGGAAGCAAUGCGAAGAAAAGCGAGAGGAAAACGAUGGGACACUACAGCAGGGAUCAGCUGAUAUCCAGGACACAGGGACCGACGGCCAGGACUCAGAGGAAGGGCCAGGCGGCGAGGGGACGCCUGCGGGCAGCGGGGAGCGAGAGCUGGGGACGGCGGCCAGCCCCGGCGGGGAGGUGGCGGAGACGCUCGCGGCCAGCGCCGACGGGAGAGGGAAUGCAGCCGAGGAAGAGGAGGAGGAGGAGGUGGAGGAGGAGGCGGAGGACACUGAAGAGGAUGAAGUUCAGGUGAUCGAAAUCAAGAAGAACAGCGAGGAGUCCCAUCCCAAGCAGCAAGACAGUGACAAGGAGGCAUCUCCCGCAACCAGCCCCGGCUGCAACUCCCAGGUGGAGAAACCAGGGGAGCAGCCCACCCUGGGGAAGAAAAAUGAUAUCUCCAGACACAGCUAUUCCAGAUACAACACAAUCUCCUACCGGAGGAUUAGAAAAGGAAACACCAAACAGCGAAUCGAUGAAUUUGAAUCCAUGAUGCACUUAUAAACUGAGGUGGAGAGUUGCUUAACAAGCCAAGCGUUCACUCUGGUUUUUGUUUUUCUUUUUUGUUUCCCGCAAGACAUGUCUCUUCACACAAACGUGAGGUCGCUGGUUUUUUUUCCUUUUUGUAUAUGAUUUCAUAAUACACUGUGAAAAUUUAACAUCUUCGCUUUGACAGCGGGCAGAGGCAUCCAUAGUGCAGGAAAAUAAAUAAUCAGUUUGCUAAAUAUAAUACCAUUUGAUUUAAAGUUUAUCCUCUUAUUUUCUGUCCAACUUUUGUAACCAUAUUCAAACAAUAGGAUGUCUUGAACUGGCUGGGGCUUCUCUAGCUGCCGACACACACGUGACCCAUGCCGUCAGCCGUGCUGGUAAUGAGUUGGCAGCGCAGCAGCUCAGUGACACUGGCCAGGGCAGUGUGAAUAAUAAAAGAGACGACUGUUUGCAA